AACUCCAAGAUGCGCAAAAAUCCACUUGCAUAUCAUGUAGAAUAUAAUGCGUUUUGAUCAGAUAUCUCAAUGAAAAUAAAUUUUAAGUUUUUUUCUACAAUUGGAAAAAAAAAUAGAAACAGGGAGUUCCUUUUAAAGUGUGGGUACAAAGGAUAAUGUUGUGUUUUCUUGAAAUUAGAAUUAAUAGGGUUUAAAUCACAGUAACACAGCCACAUGAAAUUUCAAUCCAAACAUUCUUCCUUUGUACAUCCCCAGAUGUGGAAUGUGUUACAAAUUUGAUUCAGUCAGUAAAUUUGCUUUUUUUCUUCUGAAGUCUGCAACAGAAAUGUCAAACGCACUUUCAGCAAAUAAAAGCCAAAAAGAUUUAAAACGCUCUUUAUAUCUACAAGUACAAGUAUUAGGCUAUAAGUAUAAUUUUACACAAUAGUAACGGAUUACGUACUAUAGUUUGAAAUAUCACCAAAAAGAUAAACAAAAGAAGCAAUGCUGCAUCAAUAAUACAUCUAAAUAGGCUUUUAAAUCAAGCAAGAAAAUCAAGUGAAACUUAGAUAGGCCAGCCAAGCAUGUUCUACUAGGAUUUGAUGACAGUAAGCUACAUCAUGAGUGACUAAACACGACAACAAAAGUGACAUUUAACUCGUGCCAACACCCCGCAUUGGUCUUUCACACCACUGCACCCUGAGGGAAGGACGAGACGUAAAGAGUUUACCUGCGCGCUGAUGUGACGUGGUGACGCAAACGCCUUUAGCGGUGAAUCCAGCAGACACACGGUUAAGGUUAGAGAAAGGCUACUGCUGUCUGUAACCAUGACCAGGCCACCGUAAAUCAACCCCAGACUCCUUUUUUAUCCCUGUUAAACCGAUGUCAACAUACCUUCGGUUCCUGUUUCACACUGAAAAAAGGAAGAACAAAGGAGGUGGAGGAGCAGAGCAAAGCUAACCAGGAGUUUUAAGGAUCAGGAGACCAAAGUGCAUGAUGAUUUUUUUUUUUCUGAAAGAGGUACGCUGAACCUUAACCUGGGAUUUUGGGAGUCCUAUCACUAUGAGGAAGUGGAGCCUUUGCCUAACACAGUGGAGGAAGAUCAGCGACGGUGCACCCAGACUGCUGGAGAGCCUGACAAAAGCCUACUGGACUUGACAACAUCAAAAAGAAAAACCAGUUUGGUGGACAGGAGGGUGGGGAAGGAAAGGGGAUACUGUGAGGUGAGACAGACGACAGACGGCAAAGCAGAUGAGAUAUUAAGGAAGAUGAUUGGAUAGAUGAAAGGAGUGCUACAGGCAGAUGUUAGAGUCAAAUAAGGGGUGAAGUUUGAAAGUGAAUGGAGGCAGAGAUGAAAUAAGAGGCUCUAGCAUCAGAAGAAGUAGAGCCAGGCUGAGAUCUAGCAGAAGGAAUACAUUCUGUCAGAAUUUAGAAAUCGGCAGAAAUAACCGAUAAUCACAAUGUUUAUGAACUUCCGCCGAAUCCACAAGUGCCAGUGUGUGCAGCUCCUCACCACCGGCCUGGUCCUGUGUGUUGUGAUGGUUUGCUGGGAGGAGCUGGAUCACCAUGUUGUCAGCCACAUGAGGUCCUACACCUACCGCUACUUGGUUAACAGCUAUGAUUUUCUCAAUUCUUCCUUCGCAAUCACCACCAAUGAUCAAAGAAGAAAGAGUGGUGCUAACAGUGUGGGCGAGUUACUGAACUACCCAUACCUGCUCAACCAUCCUGAUAAAUGUGGAGCCACUAGUGGACAUGGGAUGGAUGAUGUGCUCUUGCUUUUGUUUGUGAAAUCAUCUCCAGAGAACUUUGAGCGGCGCCAGGCCAUCAGGGACACAUGGGGAAACGAGAGCUUUGUUUGGUCAGAGAUGAGGGAAAGAGUGAGGGUGGUGUUCGCUCUUGGGGUGCACCCGGAUGCGGAUCAGAGAUCUAGGGUGCAGAGUGCAAUGAAGCAGGAGGAUGAGACCUACGGCGACCUGAUCCAGCAAGACUUUUUGGACACUUUCCACAACCUGACUACCAAAUUGAUCAUGCAGUUCCACUGGGGCAACAAGUACUGCUCUCAGGCACGCUUCUUCAUGUCCGCCGAUGAUGACAUCUUCGUCCACAUGCCCAACUUAGUGAAGUAUCUGCGGCAGGUUUUGAAUAGUCAAUCAGGGGCUAAAGACCUCUGGGUGGGGCAUGUGCACAAAGGAGCUCCUCCAAUUAGGCGUAAAGAAAGCAAGUAUCACGUCCCGUAUGACCUCUACCCCUGGCCCUCCUACCCAGACUACACUGCAGGAGCUGGGUACGUGGUUUCAGGGGAUGUAGCCGCAAAGAUCUACCAGGCAACCCUGGUGCUAAACUCCUCCAUGUACAUCGACGACGUCUUCAUGGGGAUUUGUGCCAAGGCCAUGGGGGUCUCUCCCCAAGAGCAUGUGUUCUUCUCAGGGGAGGGUAAGGCGCCUUACCACCCUUGCAUCUAUGAUCAUAUGAUCACAUCCCACGGUCACGCCACGGACGUUCGAUCUCUUUGGCGUGAGGCGACAAAUCCUGCAGUGUACAGCCACUCCAGAGGAUUUAUGGGUAAUUUGUAUUGUACAGCAGUGAAAGUGGUGCUUCUUUGUCUGCCAUAUUACCACAACACUUACUCCUGUAUGGCUGCUUUUACAUAAGUGGGCUUAAAAAAACAAAGGGAGUAAUGAGAGCUUCACAAAAGGCAGAACCUUACACAAACAGUCUGCCACUUGUUUUUGCUCAUGUUAUAUUUCACUAUUUCCUGACUGCAUUUGCUUUUUUGUAAUAAAGAUCAAAGCUGUUCAGACAAGCAAACAGAGCCACUUUCCAUUAUUUUUGUUGUGACUGAGCUAAAAAAAAUCAUAUACAAGUAAACUGAUUUAACACCGUCUCAAGAGGAUGUAUAGACUUCAGAAAAUCUUAUGAAUUCUGGCAUCACAAGAAAACUGUCAAAUUAAUUUCAUGCUAAGCCUGUAUGUCACUUUUUGUGCUAAAUGCAGCUCUAUAUAUCACACUGAUGUACUUGUGAGAAGUAGUCACACAUAUAUUCAUAUACAGUCAUGUGCAUACGUUUAAGGCAUGUAGAGCUCUAAGGAAUUAUCACGGGGCCCAGUGUGACACAACCUGAGGCUGGAGAGGGGAGAGAGGGUGGCCAGAGUCAAGCUUGACACGUCGACACACAUCUGUCGCUCGGAUAGGAUGAAAUGUAAAAUUUUGAAUCCUAAGGUCAAUAUUUAGGAUUAAAAGUCAAAGUUAGGAGUUGAAAAGCUCAAAAUAUGAGAAGAAAAAACAAAAUAAUGAGUUAAAAAGGUGACAAUAUAAGAUAAAGUGUAAAAUCAAGAGUGUUAAAGGUCAAAAUAUAAGAUAAAACUCUAAAUCAGGAAUUUUAAAUUUCAAGUUAUGAGGAAAAAAAAUAGAAUU